UAGUUGUGUUUUCCGUAAAAGAAGAAGAAUCUGUCAAAGAAGAAGAUGGCUGUACUAGAGCGAAGCUAUUUGUUUAGCUAAUGAAAAUAUUCCUACCAAGAACAGACAAGAGACAGCGGAGAUAACCAUACCAGAUACCACUUGAAACGAAUAUCAGUCUGUAAACCAAAAGCAUGAUGAACCAGCGGCGUGGCAUCCAUAUGGACCAAUCUGAGUUGCUUUGCAAGAAAGGAUGUGGUUUUUAUGGCAACACAGCCUGGCAGGGCCUGUGCUCAAAGUGUUGGCGAGAGGAAAAUCAACGAGAAAAGCAAAGGCAAAUCCAGGAGGACUGGGCUCUUGCUGAGAGGCUCCAGAGAGAGGAAGAGGAAGCAUAUGCCAGCAGACAUCAGCGGACACAAUCACAACCUGCAAUCACUCCAUUUAACAAGUUUGAGGAAAGAAAGACUAAAGAGAAAUCCAGCAAAGUCAAUACUGUCACAAAGUUUUUCACUCCAUCAACAAAAACACCCCCCAAAAAAGAUGGUGGCCCUUUUGAUGCAAAUUCAACUCCAAGCCCGAGUUCAUCGGCCAGUCGACAGACCUCACUGGAUAAUGACCGGGCGACACGAGAGUUCAUAGAAUUUCUAAAGCCUGUGAAGUCUGGCAAGGAAAUCUUUAAGCAGUGUAGAGCUUUCACUGAGAGCAUGGCAUAUAAGCGGGACAUGGGAGCUGAUGAACUAUCAGAGAAUGUGCAAGACUUCUACCAGAACCUGUCGGAGCGCCUUCAGAACCAGUUCAAAGGUUCGUCAGAGCUUGUGGAAAGGGUUAUGGAUGAAGUGGAGAAGUACAUGAUGACAAGACUUUACACAGAUGUGUUCUGUCCUGAUACCACAGAUGAUGAGAAUAAAGAUUUGGUUAUUCAGAAGAGAAUCAGGGAUUUGCACUGGGUUACCAUAGAGAUGCUGUGUGUGCCAGUGGAUGAAGAGAUCCCUGAGGUCUCGGACAGUGUUGUAAAAGCUAUUACAGAUAUAAUCGAAAUGGACUCAAAGCAAGUACCCAAGAGCAAGCUAGCAUGCAUCACUCGGUGCAGCAAGCACAUCUUUAACGCCAUCAAAGUGAGCAAGAAGGAGGCUGCAUCAGCCGACGACUUCCUCCCAACUCUCAUUUACAUCGUGCUGAAAGCGAACCCUCCGCGGCUGCAGUCCAACAUCCAAUACAUCACCCGUUUCUGCAACCCCAGCAGACUGAUGAGUGGAGAGGAUGGAUACUACUUCACUAAUCUGUGCUGUGCAGUAGCUUUCAUAGAGAAACUUGAUGGCCAGUCUCUGAACAUGACCACUGAGGAGUUUGAGCUCUACAUGUCGGGCCAGACGUCCCCAAACUGGCCGCAGCCUGCUGCAGCCUCCUCAUCCUCAGGAAGUGCAGCUCGUAGCCAAGUCCACAGCAGUCUGGACCUGCUAACUGGGCUCAAUGAGAGGCAGGAGCGGGUCAUAGAGAAGGCUCGGCAGCUGGAGAACGACCUGAUAGACUGGACAGAUGAGGUGGAGCAGAAAGUGCAGAGCGAGAUGGAGAGCUUUCCGCUUGAGCCACAAAACUCCACAGCAGAUGCAGCCAGUGGCGCAGCAUCCACAGCAUCGUCGGCCAUCGACUCUGACAAUGUGGAGAAUGAGCGGCUGCCCCCGCCGCUGCAGCCUCAGGUGUUUGCUGGCUGAUGGGACUCCCGUCAGUUUUGCAGGAGUUAGCAUGGAGGUUCUACUCCGUCUCUUUCUACACUCCAUAUGCACACGAAGCGUCUGUUGAAUCUGUAUAGAUACGGCCAUGUUUGUUCCAUCUUUCUGUUACCUUAAAGACUGUAAAAACACGUUGAACAGUGACGUAACUGUUGGGAUUUUAGUAGCUGUGCUUAUUUCCAUUCUUGCAGAGAGUUAAAAGAGACGAUCCGUUUUAAGCUGCAGCCAUAGCCAUGAGCUGCAGAGAAAGGAGUUGGAAACCAAAUUUUAAGGCAAAGCUGCUCACACAUGCAAUAGUAAAGUCUCAGUGAUCUUCUCUUUUACCUCACCAAAGAAAAGGCAAAUAAGUGAUGAAAUGUAAUCUUAGCUCCACAUGAGAUGGAGUAUUGCAGAGAGUCGGGGCAGAACGUCCUGAUCCUCUGAUGUGGCUCCUUUCAUUACAAAGGAGGAAAACACUCCACUAUAAGCUCUUCCAAACAUAUCCUAUUGUCAUCCACUACUUGCAGUACCUCAGUACUUUUUUAUAGCUGUUACAUUUGUGCAGUACUGAUAAAUGGUGUGUUUGAUCCCUUAACCUUCAGGCAUGAUGUGAGAUGUCCAGUAAACUUUCAAACAACAGAACAGAGAACUAUGGUUUGUAAACCAGCAACAAAUGACUCCCCACUCACUGACAUCGCUCUUCAAGUCAUACUUGUGAUUUGUGCUGAAUUUAGCUAAUUUUUUCCUGAAAUAAUCAAGGAGCAAAUGAGAGGAUGUGUGUGCAGGAAUUGUGCAUGGAUAGGCAUGCAUAUGUGCUGUUUACUUCAAAAUGAACACUCACUAAGUUCUCCAUUAGGACAUCCAAAUGUCAUCAGCUUGGAUGCUCAGAUUAUAUUUUUCUACAAAGUUUCAGAAACCCCUCCUCCUUUGAUGAAUUUACCUUUAAAUUUAACUUUAUGUGAUCUGAAUUAUGAAUAAUCUUGUUUUUAAGAGGCUACUUAAAAUAGUGUCUUUGAUCAUCAUUUACUCCAUCAAAGCUUUUAUUUACUUUACAUGUUACUGUUUUUCUUCAAAAGCAGGACAUAAUUACUUUUUAAA